AUGCUCAGCGGCGACGCAUUUGUGGAGAGCAGGACGGCAGAAGUGACCCUGCAAGAGGCGGAGCCGGCCGCGGUGGACCUGUUGCUGAGCCACAUGUAUGGCGGCGCGAUCGACGUGCCCCUGCCGCUCGUGCCGCAGCUGUACGGCCUGGCAGACCAGUACCAGGUCCGGAGCGACCUGGCGGGGCAGCUGCUGGCGUGGCUGGCAGCGGCGCGGCUGGUGCCAGGCGCGCUCUGCGGGAUGCUGCCGGCCGCGCACAGGCUGUGCGCACGCGCGUGCGAGGCGAGCCUGUACGCGCAGGCUGCCGCGGCGCUGGGCCAGGUCUGCCGGCUGCCUGGGUUUGCCUGCUGGCCGUUGGAGCUUGUGCAGGCAGUGGCCAGGAGGGCGCCGUUUGGAGAGGCGCUUGGAGCGGUGGCAGCGUGGAUGAAGGCGCACGAGCAGCGGCAGCAGGAGGAGGAGCAGACGUACCAGCAGCGGCCGCAAAAGGACGCGCAGCCGCCAGAGCAGCAGCGGCAGGAACGACAGCAGGAGGGAGUGGCGGCGGAAGAGGCUUGUGACCAGGGAGAGCAGGAGCAGGGCAGCCGCCCACAUGACGACGAGCGGCGGCGGGAGCGUCUGGACUGCUGGCGGCGGGAGCGCCUGGACUGCUGGCGGCAGCUGCUGGGCUCGUUUGACAGCUCGAAGGCGACGUUGGAAGACCUGCGGGGAGUGAGGCAGCUUUUGGGUGAGGGAGGCGGCGGCAGCAGCAGCGCCGGCAGCCCUGUGGGCGGCGGCAGCGGUGGCAGCGGUGGCUUCGGGGACGGCGGCGGCGGCGAGGUGCCUGGGCUGCGGGAGUGGCUGCUCGAUGCAUAUGACGGCCUAUGUGGGCGGCAGCAGCUGCAGCUGGAGGGCCGCAGAGUGCGCACCCCCCAGCCGCGUUAG